GUCCUAAAACCCUAGUGGAAAUUAACUCAACCCAAAUGUAUGUGUAAAUGGAAACUGCCGACGUUGAUCAACCCCUAUUUAGUUGCCACAUAUUGGCAAUUCCGUAUCCAGGUAGAGGCCACAUCAAUCCAUUGAUGAAUCUGUGCAAGCUCAUAGCUGCAACGUCCACACCAAAUUAUCUACUUCAACUCUCUGUUAUUGUAACAGAAGAAUGGUUCAGCCUUUUGAAAUCAGAGCCAAAACCAGAUAAUAUCCAAUUUCGAACAAUCUCAAAUGUAAUUCCAUCAGAAAAGGACAAGGCCAAAGAUUUGUUAGGUUUCAUGAAAGCUGUGAUUACUAAAAUGGAAGCUCCGGUUGAUAGUAUACUUGACGGAGUUCCAAAGCCCAAUGUGAUUUUAGCUGAUUCGUUCUUGCCGUGGGCCGUCAGUAUUGGGGAACGGAGGAAUAUUCCGGUGGCUUCAUUUUGGCCCAUGUCUGCAACGAUUUUCUCCCUCUUUUAUCACUAUCAACGAUUUCUCGCUAAUGGACAUUUUGAAGCCAAAUUCACAGCGCAAGGAGAAGUGGUAAAUUACAUUCCUGGGAUUAAGCCAAUUCGCGUAAAGGAUCUCCCAUCUUCAUUCAACAGCAAACGCCGGGAGAUGUUGCCCUUGCUUCUCCAAGUUGUAUCACAACUAGCCAAUAAAGCACAAUAUGCCUUGUUCACCACCAUUGGAACAUUGGAAUCUCAAGUAAUUGAGGCUUUACAAGCUGAAUUUCCAGUCCCCAUUUUCACUGUCGGUCCAACAAUCCCUUACUUGGAUACCGAAUUCAACACUAACCAGCCUAGUCCAAACUACAUGUCAUGGCUUGAUGAUCAACCUAAGGACUCUGUUCUAUACAUAUCCCAAGGAAGUUUCAUGUCUGUAUCAAAAGAACAGCUAGAUGAAAUUAUAGCAGGUGUGCACAGCAGUAGUGUCCGAACGUUUUGGGUGGCACGUGAGAAUGUAUCCUUACUUACAAAUGGAAUUGGGAAGAGGGGAAUCGUGGUGCCUUGGUGCGACCAAUUGAAAGUUUUGUGUCAUCCUAGUGUAGGUGGAUUUUGGUCGCAUUGUGGAUGGAAUUCAACCAAGGAGGGUGCAUUUGCUGGUGUUCCAUUUCUUAUGUUCCCCAUUGGGGCUGAUCAGUUUACCAACAGUAAACAAAUAGUGGAGGACUGGAAAAUUGGGUGGAGGAUCAAUAAGGAAAGCGAGAAACUGGUUAAGAGAGAUGAAAUUGCUCAGCUCUUGCAGAGUUUUAUGGACCUUGACAGCUACGAAGGAAAAGAAAUGAGAAGAAGAGCAAUGGAAAUAAGGAACACCUGCCUACAAGCAAUUGAUGGUGGAACCAUCCAGGGAAAUAUUGACAAGUUCAUUCGGGAUAUUUUUCGAGACACAAGGCAGCAAUUUACUAUACUUUAGGCUUGACAAACUGUCCAGAUAAGGUACCCAUGACCAGCAAUACGGUUCUAGUCACUGUAAUAAGCUGCUUGUACCCUUGUGUUCUUCUCGUCCAAAAGGUUAUGUUUGCACUAGGAAAUAGUUCCUAUUCGUUUUGCUCUUAUUUUGGGAUUGUUUUGUUUCUUGUGCUGCUUUCAUUUACUGAGUGUACUUAUAU